GAACAACAUCUCUCAGUCCAAGUCAUAUUUGUUAGCCACAGUUUAAGUCUGCGAAUUGACCAUUCCGGUUGGUGUCAAAUUUGGUUUAGUUAAAAAAGACGAUUUUUUUCAAGGCAGAGAAUUCAAAAACGUUUCAAUGGAUUCAAUCAUUGCUUGUUUAGUUUUUGUCACCAUUCUAGUUGGCGUGUCUUCAGCACCUCAAACGAGAAGCCACACAACAUCAAACACAAAUGUGAUGAGUUUACAGAAAAUCGAAGAACUUAUUAAGAACGGGUCAAAUGUCAAUUUCAAAGAUGAUAACGGUGAAUUUCCAAUUCACGUAGCUAGUGCUUUGGGUGAAGUACAGGUUGUUGAUGCACUUAUCAAGAGAGGAGCUGAUGUCAAUAUAUUAGACAAUUUUGGACGAACACCGUUACAUAGAGCCGUUUCGGAAGGUCAUGCUGGUGUAGUUGAAUUGUUAACUGAGAACCAUGCGAACAUUAGCAUUCGUGCAACAAACGAAGUGCUAUGGAUAUUGUGAUUAAAAGACUCAAUGGAACCGACCCUGGCAGCUUCGAUUACUUUGCCUUUGAAAAUAUACAUGAAUCGUUACAGCGCGCCCGAACAUCUUGGAAAGCCUGCCAAACAUAUUUUGUCGAUCCGACAUCUCGCAUUCUAGGCGGGGAAUUGGCAGUAAAGAAGGAGUUUCCAUGGAUGGCUGCACUUGGUUACCUUUCCACCGACUAUAGAGUGACUUUUGACUGUGGUGGUACGGUCAUAUCGGAAAACUAUGUAUUAACAGCAGCACAUUGUGCAAGAACCCAACAGCCUCCGAUUGUUUGCCGUUUG